CUCGCUCGCUUACCACACUCGGACGGAUUGCUGGACAGAGUAGAGAGACGCCUCCACCGAUCUGUGCCUCCUAGGAGGACCCCGAGGUCCACCAUGCUGGUGGCUACUUUGAGUACCUACCUGGGCCUGCUGGUGGCAGCAGCCAUGGCAGACCCAAACCCUCCCCAUGGGGAUGGCCUCAGCUUGCCGCCCGCCCAUCGGCGCCAGAAGAGAGACUGGAUUUGGAAUCAGAUGCACAUCGAAGAAGAGAAGAACUCCUCACUGCCCCACCACGUGGGCAAGAUCAAUUCCAAUGUGAACCGGAAGAAUGCCAAGUACGUGCUCCAAGGAGACUCUGUCGGCAAGGUGUUCCAGGUGAACUCAGAAACAGGGGAUGUGCAGGCCUUUGAGAGGCUGGACCGGGAGAAGAUUCCAGAGUACCACCUCACCGCCCUCAUCGUGGACAAGGACACCAACAAGAACCUCGAGCCUCCUUCCAACUUCACCAUCAAAGUCCACGACAUCAACGACAACUGGCCCAUGUUCACACACCGGUUGUACAACGCGUCCGUACGCGAGAUGUCACCCGUGGGGACCCCCGUCAUCCGUGUCACCGCCGUGGAUGCAGACGACCCUACCGUGGCCGACCAUGCCUCUGUCAUGUACCAAAUCCUGAAAGGAAAUGAGAAUUUUGCCAUCGACAAUUCUGGACUCAUUAUCACAACAAACAAAAACUUGGACCGUGAGAGGCAAUCUAAAUACGAGGUGGUGGUGGAGGCGCGAGAUGCCCAGGGUCUCCAUGGAGAAUCUGGAACUGCCACCGUGCUGAUCACUCUGAAAGAUGUCAACGAUAAUUUCCCCAUCUUCACUCAGGACCUGUACGUAUUCACGGUGCCUGAAGACGUGCGUGUGGGAAGCUCCGUGGGCUUCCUGUUGGUUGAGGACCCGGAUGAGCCUGAAAACCGGAUGACCAAGUACAGCAUCAUGCAAGGCGAGUACAGAGACACCUUCACCAUCGAGACAGAUGCGGACCACAACAAGGGGAUCAUCAAGCCCAUGAAGCGGCUGGAUUAUGAACACAUCCGACAAUAUACGUUCACCAUUGAAGCCACAGACCCCACCAUCAACCUGCAGUACCUAAGCAGUAUCUCCAGCAGGAGCAAAGCCCGCGUCAUCAUCAACAUCAGUGAUGUGGACGAGCCGCCCGUCUUCCAGCAACACUUCUACCAGUUCCAGCUGCGGGAGAACCAGAAGAAACCUCUGAUCGGCACUGUGGUGGCCAAAGACCCGGACGAAGCUCAGCGUGCCAUUGGAUACUCUAUCCGCAAGACCAGUGACAAAGGCCAAUUCUUCCGCAUAAACAAAUAUGGAGCUAUUAACAACGAGAAAGAACUGGACAGAGAAGUCUACCCCUGGUAUAACCUGACUGUCGAGGCCAGAGAACUGGAUUCUAAUGGACUCUCCACAGGCAAGGAGUCCAUCGUGCAGGUCCACAUUGAAGUUUUGGAUGAGAAUGACAACGCCCCGAAGUUCGCGCAGCCCUACGAGCCCAAAGUGUGUGAGAAUGCACCGCCGGGCAAACUGGUCAUGCAGAUCUCCGCAAUCGAUGAGGACAUAACACCAAAAAAUGUCAAGUUCAAGUUCACCCUGAACACAGACAACAGCAACUUCACCCUCACGGAUAAUCAUGAUAACACAGCGAAUCUCACCGUGAAGUAUGGGCCAUUUGAUCGGGAUUAUGCUAAAGUCUACUACCUGCCCGUGCUCAUCUCGGACAAUGGGAUGCCCAGCCUGACAAGCACAAACACGCUGGCGGUGGCUGUGUGCAAAUGCAACGCGCAAGGCGAGUUCACCUUCUGCGAGGAGGUGGCCGCCCAGGUGGGCAUUAGCAUCCAGGCUCUGGUAGCCAUCUUCCUCUGCAUCCUCACCAUCACAGUGAUCACCCUGCUCAUCUUCCUGCGGAGACGGCUCCGGAAACAGGCCAAGGCGAGCGGCAAGAACGUGCCGGAGAUCCACGAGCAGCUGGUCACCUACGACGAGGAGGGCGGAGGGGAGAUGGACACGACCAGCUACGACGUGUCGGUGCUCAACUCGGUGCGGCACGGCCGGGCCAAGCCCCAGCGGGUGGCCCUGGACGCCCGGCCACCUGUCUACAGCCAGGUGCAGAAGCAGCCGCGGGUGGCCCCCGGGGCGCAGGGUGCGCCCGGGGAGAUGGCCGUGAUGAUCCAGGUGAAGAAGGACGAGGCGGACCAGGACGCCGAGGGCCCGCCCUACGACACGCUGCACAUCUACGACUUCGAGGGCUCCGAGUCGGUCGCCGAAUCGCUCAGCUCCCUGGGCACCGGCUCCGAUGACUCCGACGUCGAUUACGAUUUUCUCAACGACUGGGGACCCAGGUUCAAGACGCUAGCCGGGCUGUACGGAUCCGACCCCAGGGAGGAGCUGAUGUACUAAGGGUCCCCCUAAAACCCCACUGCAGCCUUGGCCAGUUCCACUCUACUCACCAAGUCUUCCAGGGAGAUAACCGCCCCCCCCAGCCCCUCACCCCUGCCUUGUAGGUGCCAAAGACCUUCGAAUCCCCAGGGAGCAAACUCCAGGUCCUCCAUACAUCAGGGGGAUCUAUCCCGGCACCCCUAAAAAGGCUGGGAAGUGACCAUUCUUGAGGGCUCUGUGUUCUGUCUCUGCUUGGAUAGACACAUUCCCCCGCCCCUGCUGUGUCCCCCAGAUCACAGAUGUAGCUCAAAGACUUUUUCCUGACUGAAAAGCUGUCAAGCAAAGUAGCCUGUUCAAAUGCUUGUGGAAAGAGGGCAGGGCGGGGGUGCUUUCCCUGAGGAUCACUGGACACCCCCUCUCCCCUCUCUGGGAAGGCCUGGUGCCUGCCAGCCAGGAGACAGAAGGCUAGACCCAUGACCUGGAGGACCAGAGACUCUCUGAAGCCUAGUCCCUAAGGGAGACACCAUUGUACCUGCUCUCAAGAGUCCCAACCCUGCUGUAACCCCCUCACACACACACACACACACACAGGCCUCUACCCAGCCCCUCCCCAGGCCUGGCGACAGGGAGGAAGGGGUCCUGUGCCAGCUUCUGACCUGGGAUCCUGCGUGGACCCAGCCACCGCCCCGCCCCGGCCAUGGCCGCAGGAACUGUGACCCGCUGAGUGUUGAUCCGUUCAGGGAAACUGGCUUGUUGAACUUGAAGCAACUGUGAAUUUAUCCUGGAGGGAUAGUGGAGACCGGGGACCACCUCCACACCCACCCUCUCUGGAGAAGGGCCUAGAAGGGGCUGUGAUCCCCCCCCCACCCAACCCCACAAUCUGACAUCAUCAACCAGGUUCACCGGGAGGGAGGCAGACUGAAACAGAGCCCGCCCCUCCCCACCUCUGCCUCACCUGGUCACUCAUGCUCUCUCCUUUUUGCUUUUUCUCUCCCUAUGCACCUCUGGCUUGGAAACCUCCAAGAUGUUGCCCUCAGCAAGUCUGGCCAGACUCCAUGACUGCUGUGCCAUCCGUCUGCCUUUCCAGCUCACUGUUGCCACAUCUCAGGGAACCGACCCUCAAGCACUUCCUGUGGAAGGCAGUGCCCCCCCCAUGCCCUCCACUCCCAUCCACCUCCCCCCUCCAAGCUCUGCAAACAGGCCUUAUGGACCCAGAAGGGCAGGGAAGGAGACACCUGGACCUCGCUCCCCUCACCCUCCACACACACCCCCCACAAGCCAGGCAAGGCCCCUCCCCCCACACGCAACUGUAAAUAACACUGACAUGUGCUUAACCAAUCAUUAGUUUUCCAUGAUCAUCUUUUUAUUAACGAUACUUACCAGCUUCGCACUCUCUUGGACAUAGAGAAUAAGGGUUUUGUGCAUACUAAGCAGGUUUCUAUUUAGAUUAACACUUUUAGUUCAGUUUUUUGAGUUAGGGAAACAAUUCCUAUAACCUCCUAUUUCCUAUCCUCGUGGUAAUCGCUCUAUAGGUAAUGACUAUAUAUUGAUCGCACUGGUGCAUGAGACGUACUGUAAUUUUUUUAUACUUAAAUAAAGGAAAAUCUCAAAAUUC